CUGUGCCGGUGCGCCCGCGGCCGGCCGGCCCCUCGUCAACCCCCAGGAGGCCAAGACUGUCGACCCCGCGCCUCGGCCUCGGCCCUCGGUCACUCGGUGGCUCGCCGCCUCCCUCAAUCCUCAAUGGACUCCGGCAGCGGCAGCAACAGAAAGGGAAAAAGAAAAGCAAUAGGAUAUGGAAGAGAUCUGAAGAGCUACUUUAGCCAAGGGUCUAGCAGCACUCCAAGUACUCAUGGAAGUGGAGUUGGUCUUGAGGCAUUGGAGAGGGAGGAGGUGGUGCUGCAAACUCAAGUAGAGAGCACUGAUGCUGAUGCAGUACCAAUGCCAGUUGAAGAUGUUGAAGGUCAAGCCGGUGGUGGUGUGAACUCAAGUAGAGAGCAAACUCAAGAUAAAGAUGCAAGUGAUCAAGCUUAUUUUGGUCCCGUUGUUGAUUUGAUGUGUAAUCUACAUGUUUUUCUUCAUUUAAGGUACUUCUAAACGAUGGUCUUGUUGUGAACUUUUAUUUCCGUACAAUAUAUGAAUGUAGUCUAGAAAUGCACCGC